AGAUAGCGUCACGGUCUUGGAUUAGCAGAUAACGUUAAGUGUUAAACAAUGAAAUAGAUAACAAGUAACUAGUCACAGUAUAAUGUAUCACAGUGGUGUUAAGUGAUAAAAUAAUUGCAUUCCAUGAAAUGGUUAUUUCAAUAUGAAUAUUUUACCAGACAGGUAAAAAAAAAUAGUUUAUAUCACUAAUAAACAUAUUAAGAUGGGUUAAGAGGGUUAAGUUCAUAGUAGUGUCAUCUGUGGUUAACAUAUUGAUCAUUGCAAUCAAUGUGUGUCUUCUUUUGCCAAAUGCACAUUUCUUUUUAAAUGCCUUCUAGGUCGUUAGAAUACAUGUAAUGCAGUUAAGCAUGUUAAGCAUAAAUCAAAGCACCCUCACUGUUUUUACACAGAAUUUAUCUAAUGCAUGUUGGUUGUACUCGGUGGCGCAACUGGUUUGUGACUUGCUAAUAAUCAAUUACUAAAUGCAUCACCAAAUGGUUUAAUUAAUACAACUCACAUUGUAGAGGUUAAACCUAUGGAGGUUUAGGAAUGUUCCUUUAAAAAAAAUUGAAACAAAUCAUAAUUAUCAUUUUACACAGAAAAAAAAAAAAUGAAAUCCUCGUAAAUAAACUACAUCCUUACUGAGACCUAAGUUAAGGACAACUUUAUUUAACCCAUUCUCAGUUUUGUUAUUUAGUAAUUUGGACACUACAAUAGGCCUUAAUAUAAGAAAUUGAAAAAAAUAUUGAAUGGGAAGUAAAUUUGGGAGUUCUUAAAACUUUCUUUAUUCAAAAAUAUUUAAAUAUUUAAUUAUUGUAAGAGUUUAUAAUAAUUGCUAUUUUUUUUUUUUUCAAUAACAUUUCUUGUUAUUUAUAUUUAUAAAGUAGGUAACAUAAAAUCAUUUUGAAAAAUAAAAUGGCUUUGGCCCUUCUUCCAUUAAGCCAUAUAUAUACAAACAGACAAUGGAGGGGGGCUUCAGUCAGUCCCUUACCCCCCUGCUUACACUACUGGAGGUUGCUGUAAAAUAUCAAGAUUUGGUACAUCAGUUACAACUUUAAUCAAAUAUGUAAUCACUAAUCAAGGAAUGCAAUGUUUUACAAAGAUGUUUAUUUUUUUUUUUAUGUAUAACACUUUUUCUACCAGCAUACUUCAAUUAUCAAGUAUAGAAAUUUUCUAAAAGGAAAUGUUCUUUGAAUGGUACUUUAAAAAGGUCAUUUUUUAAAAUUCUCAUAAAUAUUCAAGAUACUCUAGAAAACCUGGUUCUUUAGGUUAAAAAUAUUGAAAGAUUAAAAAUAAGGUUUUCAUUAACAACAGUUUUUAUUUAUUUUUUGUUAUUAUUAAGUUUUAUUAUUUUAUAAAAUCUUUUUUAAAUAAUAAUUGUUUUCAUGGAAACGCACAUUGUUUUAAUCAUUUUACUAUAAUAUGAUAUCAUACCUAAAUAUUAUUAUAUUGUUGACCUAUCAACUGAAUUCUGUUCAAAAUCGUUUUUGCAUUAGCAAUGGUUUAUUGUUGCUUAGAGAUAUACAUUAAAUUCUCGUCUGCAUCCUACCUUCUCAACUUCCCACCUACAGAAGUGGCUGCACCCAAAUGCGAAGUAUAUCAGUCCUUUUUUUUUGAAAUGGCAAUCCUUUUACAGUUACAUAAGUAGUUUGCCUGAGUCAUGUUUUUUGUGGAUCAUCCGGAUAUGCCUCAUAUGUGAGCUUUUCUCGAAUUUCGACGAAUUUUCUCAAUAAGUUAUGACUAUCCAACUUUAACUUCCGUUGAUCUCAACUUACUUUAGAAUAUUCAUCGGCAUAAAAUGUGCUCAUUGGUCCUAUUAAUGCACUUGCCCAAUUUGGUAACGUCCAUCUAGUAGUAAUUAAUCAAUAUGAAUACAGUUCUCCAUUUAUUACUUGUCGAUAAAUAACAUCCACGCUUUUAACAGCUGUGUUCAUUAGAUUCGGGUACUUGUUCAUAGAUUCUUGUACCACCGUCUCCCAUGGGUGGUUAAAUAUGUGUUGAGCCGUCCAAAUUUUCAUGUCAAAGAAAGAGCUUUAAGAUUUUUUUUAUAAACAGUUAGAUAGGUAGGUAUAUAAAUUUGUCACAAUUUGUAAUUAUUGAGAUUGUAUAAGAACCAUAGAGUAAUAAGAAUAUUAUUAUUACUCUGUGAUAAGAACAUUAAACCACACGACUCACAAGGUAUGCAACACCAGUUUUAUUCAAGGAAAACACAGUAUGGAAGACACGUACAGUUGAGUAUUUGACUUUCAGAAGUAAUUACAUAAACAAGGCUGUGCAGUCGAAGUAGCAUUCAUACAACUCAAUAAAAGUAAGAAAAAAAAUCCAAAAUUAUCUGCUGCAUAUGUUCAAGAGCUUCUAAAAUGGAGAGAUCAAUACAUAAAUUUACAUGGGAAAUUAAUUUGUGAGAGAAAUUUAAUUUAAUUUAAUUAAGUAUGAUUUUAAAAACAUUCUACUUUGGCAACUCUAUUUUGUUAACUUCGUUCAACUUGCUUAGAAGUUGCUCUUGUAUAAUCAUCAUGUUUUCUUCUUGUUUUUCUUAUUUGUUAAAGCUAAUUCAAAGAGAUACACCCAAUAAGAAAUUUCAAUCAAUGAAAUAAAAAAAAUACCACUUACCAAUCUUUGAGUUGACUUUCAUUUAUAUUUAUUGUAUCACACUGUUUGUUUUUUAAAUCUUCAAAUUUAUCAUAUCAGAUGAAUAUUUUUGGUUGUGUUAUUUUCUUGUAAAGGUGUUAGUUUUUGUACUGACAAUCUAACUAGAAUGAUGAUUCAGAAAAUUAUUUAAAAUAAUAAUAAAAAAUAAUUAGUAAUCUAAAUUAAAACAAUUAUUGGACAAAAUAUGAAUGUUUAUGCUUAGAAAGUAGUAAUUUUGGAGGAGAAAUAGCCUUACUGAUAUAGAUAGGACAUCUCUCAUUAACUCAAAGUACUGUCAUUUUAUAAUCCUUCACUUCCAGAACGCUUUGAUGAGUCACAUAUCUGAUGAAAACAAGUCAGCAGAUGUCUUCACUUUUUGACACUUUGACUAGCGCCAAAAUUAUAAUUUUGUUGUUUCAAUAUAUCUGACAUAUAUUUUCAUAUAAAUGCUCUCUGAUUGUUUUUUUCGAAUACAGCAUUUGAACCAAAAAUCAUUGUUGUUGCUGUUGUCCAUAAACCUUUAAAAUAAAAAAAUUAAUUAUUACUUCUAACAUUCAAAUUAAUUUAAAAAGAUUUUGUAUUAGUUUCUUGAGUAUGAUCAUAAUUUACAAAUUGAAUAUCUACCAACUGAAGACACUUAAACCAAUUCUUUAUCAAAACAUUCUAUAAAGAUGGCAAUACCACAAAAUAUAUAAAUAUUAAAAUAUGUAAUGUGCAAUUUUAAUUUAAAUUUGUUUACUUACAAAUUACCUUUAGUUUCAAUCAUAUCAUUUAAUAUCUAGUAUAAUUUUUUCUAUAAUAUUAUAAUUUAUAUUAAAUUAAUAGUUAUUAAUUAUAUAACAGAAAUGAAACAAUUCAGAAUAUGGAAUAAUUAAUUUCAAUGGGUAUUGUCUAUAAAAAAUAAAAACAGUAAAUAAAUGUAUUAAACAAAUGUAAAAUUCAAAUAAUGAAAUAAUAAUUAAAUAAGUAAAUAUGGAAUUUUAAAUAGCCGUGAUGAUAAAAUUAAUAAUUAACAAUGUGAUAACAAAUAUUAAGUUAGAACCUUGAUGUGGGGACAAACUGCGAUCAGAAUGUUUUUACUAUACCUACCUAGUUAUUAUAUAGAGUAGUAUUACUACUAUUUUAAAUAAAUUAUUGAUGCAUUCUGAAUUUUGAAAAGUUUUAUGAGUUGUUGGGUGCUGCUUCAUUUUCUGAACCUGAGUUUGUAAAAUGAUCCAAGUCUGAACCAUACUCUGUGGUAUUUUCAUAGUUAAUUAUAGAAGGAAUGUCAAUACUUUUCAUUAAAUCAAAAUAAUUUUUGACAAAUUAAAUAUAUUCAGUUUUUAAAUUUUCUCUUGAUAAGAAUCGAUAACUACUACACAUUUUAAAUGCAUCUACAGGAAUUUUUUUACAGUGUUUAUUUAGUUCAAUAAAGCGUUUUUCAGAGAAAAGUGACAAAUCUCUUAAAAUACCAAUUAGCUUCUUAUUGUGUUUGUUAUCUGGUUAUAGUAAUAUCAAGAGCAGUACAAAAUGUAUCUAUUUUCAUUUAAUUUAAGGAAUCUCAGAUUCGCUCAUCAUUAGGUUGUUCAUUAAACUGACGAAAUGAUUCCCUUUUCGAAUUUCUUUUAAUGCUUCAAAUUCAGUUUGUUUAACGAUUUUAAACUGUUCAGCGUCAGUUAUAAUAUGUUUAAAUUCAUUGUUGUUAUUUCUCAACUAUUUUAAUUGAUAAAUGCCAGAAAUCAAUAAAUCUAUAGUUGUAAGUAAAAAAACACCUCGUUUUUGAAAAGCAUUAUUAAGUGGCCCCAAUACAUCAAAUAUUGUUUAAAAAAAAUAUUCUCGUCUAUGGAUGAUUGUUUUAAAUUUCAGCCAGGUCGGAGCAGUAAAUUCCGGGUUAGUAAAUUGGUCUUCCCCCAGUAAACUCGGGCAAUUUAUCAUUCACCACUGUAAUAUUAUUUUAGAUAAAAUACUUCACUUUAUGUAACUCUUCCCCGGUACCCCAGCGGUUAACUGGUGAUAUGAGAUAACAGUGUUAUCAUCUUUAUAGGUAUAUUCUACCGAAAUGCGGUUCUAAUAAAAUAUUUUUGUACCUUAUAUUACUUUCACAAUAUAUUUUCUCAUAAAAUAAUUUCGACCAAAAUAUUUUUCUAUACAAAUACUAUUCGAAUAAAAUAUUUUUCUUUUAAAAUAAGGUUCGACUUAAAUAUUUUUAGAAUUAUUUAUUUUUCUGAUAAAAUAUCAUUCUAAAAAAAAACAUGUCCGUGCUUUAUACGCGUCCCCCUCCCAAGCGCUACACGAACACACCCUUAUUCUAUUGAUUUUAUUUAAACAUUUUAAAUUACAAAUGGUGCGUAGAUGUGCGAUACGUAUUUGAAGUCCAGUCACAAUCAAAUCAUAACCUAUUGUUAAAUAGUGGUAUAAUCUAUAUAAUAAAAUGUAUGUAUGUGUAGUAAUGUAAAUUAAAAAUAAUUUUAUAUAAAACUCAAAUAUCUAUCAUUAAAAAAAAAAAAAACCGGUAAGUAAUACAUUUCCAUGUUUAUUAACAUUAAGUAUUUCAGUCAGGUUUCAAGUAUAGUGGGAAUAAAUUGUAGUGGAACCUUGCUAUAGCUUUGUGUAUGAAUGUUCUAUAUCUUUUUCUUUAAGUAGGUACCAACUUUAAAUAUUUUGUUUGAAAUCAUGUCCUGUAGAGUAUCUACAGUCAGUCUGAAUAGGUGUGGUUGGUCUUUUAUGAUGUUGUUGAAAAAAAUUGUUUUACUUAAUUACUUUCUUAUUGGGUAGAUAGUAGUUUAUUGUAGUGAACUUAAUUAGCAUAAAUUGUUCUGAUAUUGCAUUGUUAAAUGCAUUGAAAACAUCUAACUUUUUAAUGGCCUCGUUAAGGUGUACAGAAACCUUAACUAAAUUAUUUUAUUUAUUAUUCCUUAACAUUUUUGUUUGUAAUACCUCAUACAAGGUUUCAUUUUUAUUAUUUAAAUUCUUCAUAUGCAUUUCUAUUUUUUAUUUAUCACUUAUUGUUUGUAUAAUUUGAUCCUGAUUCAUCCUCUUUUGUUGUAUCAUCUUCAUGUCUUAGUACAACAAUAUUCAUAUGUUUACAAAUAAUUGGUAUAUAUAUUAUGUACCUACUAAUUACAAAUUAUUAAUCACUGUUGGUUCAUUUUUCGAUCGAAAGUAAUAAUUUUUCUACAGUAACUUUAUAAAAUUCUAAAUGUAGUCCACAUCUACAUUUCUUUUGUAUUAAUACAUUUUAUAAUAAUAUAAUUAUGAUUUUUCUAGUUUCAUCUGUAAACCGAUUACUGUUACAGAUAACCGACUAAUACAAUAAUACAACUUUAUAUCAUAAAAGACAGCUAGGUACCUAUGCAAAUUUAAUAAUAUUAUUAAUUACAUAAUUAAAUAAUAUUAUGUUCCACAGUGUCUAGUGUGGAGUGCAAUCGGUGUGCCUGUUCAAUUGAUGAAAGAUGUCUAAUGACAGUGAAUUUAGUUUUGACCAAGGUGAACAUUCAGAGUUUGAAUCAACUUCAAAUGUUCUUGAAUCGCAUGAACAAUGUAUUGCAUCUUGUUCAAAAUCCAUGGAAUACCAUUCGACAGACAGUGAUGAUGAGGAACAGAUUGAUAACAUACAAAAAGAACAGAAAAACAAUGAAUUUGAUUUUGCUAGUCAAUUUGAAUCUAUUGCAUCUCGUUUAAAAUCCAUGGAAUAUCCUAUUGGCAUUAGUGAUGAUGAAGACGAACAGAUUGAUAAAAUUGAAUAUGUAAUAGAUACUAGUGAUGAAGAUGAACAGGUUGAUCAUCUGGAAACUGGGCAAAAUGGCAAUGUAAUUGUUUCGGAUGAUCAAUUGAAGUCUAUUGUAUCCCGUUCAAAAUCUGUGGAAUACCAUUUGUCAGACAUUAGUGAUGAGGACGAACAGAUUGACAGUAUUUCAGCAGGGUACGGAGGAAAUGAAACUGUUGUUUUGAAUGAAUUAGAUGAAAAGUUUGUCAAAAAUAAUUUACCUACAGGAUGGACAAAAAUAAAUCAUGCGAGUGGUAUGCCACUUUACUUUAACAAAGAUAUGAAGGUUUGUUCGUUUACAAAGCCAUAUUACCUUGGAACUCAAAGUCUUAAGAAUCACAAUGUUCCCGUGGAGAAUAUACCUUGUUUGGAAUAUAAAUUAAAAUUGGAAAAAAUGAAUUCUAAAAAAGAAGAUGAUGACAAAUUGGAUUAUCUUAAAAAAGAUAUUACUCCUGAACAGUAUAAAUCAUAUUGUAAAAGAUUAUUUAAAUUCAAAGAUAUUAAAUUUAUGCGAUUCAGUUCGUGGGAUAAGCGUCGAGAAUAUAUUCGAAUGAUAAAAGCUGAUCGAAGACGUAGAGAUCUUCCAAAGUUUAAAGAUAGAUCAACGUUAAUAGCAGUUCCAGUUGAUCCCCCUGUUAUAGAAAAUACAGCUGUACCUGAGACAGGAGAAUGGAUAAUUAAUUUAAACAAUAAGAGUUACAUUAGUAUUUUACAUGAAUACAUUCAACGUGUUUUGAAAACACAGCCAUUAUAUACUUUUAAAGAACUCGAGAAUGCCAGAUAUCCUUACUUAGCAACUGUUAUUUUGGAUGGCAUACAAUAUGGUAUUGGCAUUGGUUCCAGCAAAAAACAAGCCAAACUUGAUUCUGCUAGAGCUACAAUGGAAAUAUUACUGCCAUCCACCAAAGAUCAAAUAAAAAUUAAUUGUAAACAGGGAAUACCUGAAACCCAAGGUGGUGAUGUUUUUAACGGAUGCAAAGUCUUUGACCAAUUGAAAAUCAAAGAUCCCAGAAUACCAGAAUUUUGUGCUCAAGCUGCUGAAUCAAUGCCAUAUGAUAUGUUACUGGUUUGUGUAAAAAGAAAUUUUGGUGAAGAUGUAACUAUCAAGACUGAUAUGCAAAAAAUGCAAAGCAAUACUGAUUCUGAAAUUUUUUAUAGCCUUACUAUGAAAGCCAAAGAAUAUAUGGCAACUGUUAUUUGCAAAAAUAAAAGAGAAGGGCGCCAAAAAGGAGCUCAAGCACUAUUGAAGGUGCUUCAUCCUCAUAUUAAAUAUUUUGGGUCUUUAUUGAGAUUGUAUAGUCAUCAAAAUGUUGGAAGUAGCAGUGAAAAAAAACCAGAUGAACCAGGAACUAAAAGUCCACGACCCAGAGGGAGCCCAGAUCAAAACAUACUUGAUCAGUUGAAAAAAGCAAUGUCCAAACUAGAAAAAGAAUGCAACUCAAAUGAAGAAAACGAUAAUUCAAUUUAAUAAAUUGAAAUGAAAUUGUAUUCUAAGCCAGUGUAUAUAUAUUUUACAUUGUGUGUUUUUUUUUUUUAAUAACUUAAACUAUUUUUUUUUCCUAGAAAUGAUUGGAUUUAAUUUUCUUUUAAAUAUUCCAUAGAUUAGAUUUAUAUUUUAAAAAAAAUGAUUAUUGUUUAACACCAACAAGCUAAAUUUGUAAUAGUUAAUAUAACAUA